AAUUGGCAACAAAUAUAGGCUAGGCUAAAACGUUUAUAGAGAACCAGCUAUUAUUCUAAACUGUUACUUAGUUUGUGAGUCUGUGUGGUAAUGGAGGAUUCAAGAUUGCUGAGAGUUUGAGAAUCCGGUGACGCAAGAAAGACUAAGGUGAUCGCAUUCGCAAUCGGUGAAACUUGCAUUGUGAAUUCAAGCCAGCCAGCUUACAGAACAGUUUGAUUGUAAAUGCACCUUCACUUGUGAAAUUGAGCUGUGAAAAUGAGAGGUUUCAGAAUGCUUAAGUGCUUACUUCUAUUGAUACUAUCUCUGUAUUGGACAAUCACCAAAGCACAGACUCUACCAUCGACAUCUACUGCUCCCACACCUGUUGUACAUAGUCUAUGCAUUACUUGUCAGUGUACUGGAGUGUCGAUUGUCACGGUGAAUUGUGAGAAUAGGAGCCUAACUUCGGUUCCUGCAGAUGGGCUACAAGAGCUAGCUGAUGGUGGGAUGGAGGUUUCCACAAUAAAACUCGCAUUUAAUAAGAUCACUCUCGUUCGUGCGAAUGACUUCUAUUCCCACGGAGAAUUCCUCACCACAUUAGAUCUUUCGGAUAAUGAAUUAACAGAAAUAGAAGAUGAAGCUUUUGCUUCUACUCAUCUCAAGAAGUUGUUUAUUCUUCAAUUAGGCAACAAUAAACUGAAGGCGCUACCAGUGAACACUUUUCGAGGGCUCGACCUGAAGACUCUGGACUUGAGAAACAACACGCUUAGCUCAGUUCCCAAAGCCUUGGCCAAAACUAUUCUUAUAGAAAACCUCUACAUUCAAAACAAUCCAAUCAACAACAUUGCUCACGACUCUUUCAAUGGAAUUAGAGGCGUCGUUUCACUUGAUGUGUCCAGUUGUGGACUGUCAGCCUUCGAAGCAUGUAAAUACGAGUACACUUUUUUUUCCCGUCUUAACACUUUGUACUUGGACCAGAAUCGAAUAAAAACCAUAAAAUUGGAGCAUUUCAAGUGCUCAGGUGAUUCUUCGGAAGAUCCAAAGCGAUUGGUUGUCCUUAGAACUCUGUCUAUACGUGACAGUGGCGUGACACUUAUUGAGGAUAAGGCAUUUGAAGACAUGAUACAGCUGCAAGACCUUUCCUUGAGUGGCAACAAUCUCGGCAUCUUUAAAGGACAAGUCUUUCAUGGGCUAACCAAGCUACUACAACUUGAUCUCAGCCACUGCAAAAUUACUGACUUGAAGAGAGUGGUGUUUAAGGAACUCAAACAGCUGGAAUCCUUGUAUCUCGAUUUUAACAACAUUUCGGUUAUCCAUCACAGAGAUUUCUUACAUUUGAAAGACAUUGGUCUUGUCCAUAUCAAUCUAGCCUCUUCUAACAUACAAAGAAUCGAUGGACAACCUUUCGAGAAUCUAACUCAACUCAGUAACCUUAAUCUUGAAAGCAACCAGCUGGAUGAUCGAAGUUUAAAGGCUUUUGGGAAGAAGGGUGCUUUUCAUCGCCUCCAAUUAUCCCACAAUAAUAUGCAACAUGUUCCUAAUUUGCCAUCAGAAAGAUUUCCUGAUCUAAGAGGUUUGGAAAUGGAAAACAAUUCUGUAAUCGAGAUCCGAUCACAAGACCUUCAGAAUAUGAGCAAACUCACGUCUCUUACCCUCAGGGACAAUAACAUCAGUUACAUUGAAGAAAACGCUUUUGCAGACACUGUUGACCUGAUAUUUCUGGAUCUAGACAAUUUGAAGCUGAAACAUCUGCCAACAAGAAUGCACUUACCCAAUAUGCACAUAUUCCAUAUUAAGUACGGACUUUUAGAGUCACUUCCUGAAGACAUUUGCCAACAAUUCCCCAAUCUACAGAUAAUCGAAGCCGAACAUAAUCAAAUCACACGUCUACCAUCGUUUAAGGGAUGUCGUAGAAUGGAGUCUCUCUAUUUCUCCCAUAACAAUCUGACCACUAUCGAUCACGAUACUCUCUAUCAGCUAUUUUAUUUACGAUUAUUACAGCUGGAUUAUAAUAGAAUUGAGAAUCUCACCGAAGGCAUUUUCAGAGAUACUGGAAACUUGGAGUAUCUGCACUUGCAAGGCAAUAAUUUGACGUCUCUCCCGAAGGACUUGUUCAAAAAUACCACUCUACUGAUUCAUCUAGACCUCAGCCACAAUCAGUUGGAAACACUGGACAAUGAAAUGUUCUUGAACAAUGCAAAGCACCUUAGUAUCCUUGAGCUGAACAACAACCGACUCAAAAAUUUCAGUGCUGAAGUCCUACCCGAGACGAGCCAACUCAAUAUAUUGAACCUGUCUUCCAACAACCUCGAUAUGUUGAAGUUCCCCUCGAGUGGGCUGUUAUGGCUGACCGAAUUCUUCGUGGAAAACAAUUUCGAUCUUUAUCAAGUCCCCGAUGUCGUGGCCUAUCCGAACCUAACUGAUAUCAAGUAUACUUAUGCUUACCAUUGCUGUAUUUGGAGUGAAACUCACAGAAGACCUCAUGCCUUUGUUGAUCACGGUAAUGAAAACAACACUGCUCCUCCUACUAUCAUACCCACCCCUGAACCACUCAAAAAUGAGAUGAAAGAUACCGAUGAUUGUGUUGGUGGAGAACUUACUAUGGACGCUAAAGAAGAUUGGAAGAUACUCGCUUCUAUUUUCAAUGUAACAGUAAACUUUUUACCAAACUGCGAAGUUGAACUGAUCGUUCCGGAUGAUUAUAACAAUGGUAAGGAAGAGAUUCCAACUUUUAUUUCUUCUGGAGUGCGGCCUGAUAUUGUAUUUGGGGCUGCUGUGAACUGCUCUCCUGGUCCAAACGAGCUCUCCCCUUGUGCAAACCUGAUUGACCCCUGGCCUCUUCGAGCGGUGGUGUGGCUUCUGUGGAUUGUAACUAUUCUUGGCAAUGGAACAGUACUCUUCAUUUCAAUAGCCACCAAAGAAAAGAUGGAGGUAUUCCAAUUUCUCAUCUGUUGUCUGGCAUUUUCUAACUUUUGUAUGGGUGUCUAUUUGGCUUUUUUAUCGGCUGUUGAUAUUCGAACGUAUGGCGAGAUCAGUUUCUUUCAGUCGGCCUUAUAUUGGCAGAAUGGACCUGGCUGUAAAGCAGCUGGUUUUAUUGCCGUCUUUGCUAGUCAACUCUCAGUAUUCAUUCUUGUUCUGCUAACUCUAGAGAGAGUGUACACAAUUCGCUACACUUUCAAUACUAACGAAAAGGGCAAGAUGAACGUGGCGAUUGUGGCUGCCUUUAUUGCCGUGUUGUUGUCUGCCAUGUUAGCAGCUCUUCCCCUGUUCGGUAUAAACUCUUACAGUGAAGUGGCAGUCUGUAUACCGUAUGUCGCAGAGAAAUGGACUGACAAGGCAUACAUUGGAGUACUACUAUCUCUUCAUUUAGUUGGUUUCCUAAUCAUAUUGUUUUCGUACGUCUACAUUUUCAGAAAUAUCUGCAAGUCCCCAGCUGCUCAACAAAAGAAAAAAGACAUUACAAUAGCCGCUGUAAAGAUUGCUAUCUUGAUUGCAACGGCCUUCGUUUGCUGGAUCCCCAUUGUGAUAAUUGGAUACCUUGCCCUGGGCGGUAUAAAAACAGUCAACUCGUCACAAGCCAAAUAUCUCAUUGUCCUCGUUUACCCUCUCAAUGCUGGUCUCAAUCCCUUCAUAUACGCCCUUUUCACUCGUCAAUUCCGUCAGAAAAUAUCUGUCAUGCUGAGAAGACCCAGUGACCGUGUGGGCACUCUACCAAACUCCAGAAGAUUUCCGCUCAAGAGAGGCUCGAGUGCCUUCCUCCCCAACUCUCCACGCAACCCUUCCUCACCCAUGGAGCUCAUCAACUUGAGACAAAGUCGACGCUCAAACAGUCUAAGUAUCCACCUCCCUGCCCACCACACCUCUUCACCCCCUGUACAAUCUCCACCCUCGUUAAGCCCCCCUCCCGGAGUCUACAUGGGGAGACGUGCCUCUCUACCGGCCACAUUCGGUUCUUCUAUAAGAACUCUUCAUUUUGGUCAUGGAAAUUCACAGAAUGGCUCAAUGACUUCAAAUAACUCUACUGUUGAUGUCAAUGCACACCCAUUUAACUUUGCCCCUGGCUACGGGGCAGCUUCUAGUCAAGUUGAAGCGGAAAUACCUGUCGUUGCUUUGCCAACCAACUUGAAUAACUCCCUUGGGGGUAGUCAAGACUCGUCUAAUCGGCAGUUACCUGGUAUUCCAGAAGAGCAAGAAGAUGAGAAUCAGUCAGUGUGUUCGGCAGAUUUUCACGAUGCCCAAGAGGAGGUCAGAGAAGACGAAACAGAUGAAGUACAGGAAGUGCAACCUAUUGGGGUUGAUUCUGAACUGGAAGUGCAACCUAUUGAGGUUGAUUCUGAACUAAGUGGUACUUCAAGUAAUGAGAACUCUCUGUCUGUAUCAUUGAAUAGCUCACCCACCCAAAGGAAGCGUGUGACUGAGGAGCGUAGAUCAUUCCUAAGGGAGGGCACGGACUCUGCAUACAGUGGUUGCUAUAGCAGUACUCCGGACAUUGCAAUAACCGGCCACCACGCAUCCCCAGUACACAGCUGCUCACUAUCGAGGAGGAGUGAGAGUUUUUCGUCCUACGAUCUAGCCGUUAGUGAUGGCAGUUAUGAUAUGUCUGCGUCCUCCACACCCGCCCCCCUCAAGAAAGGAAUUAUCCGGGGAGCAACCCCCAUACCACUCGAUGACAAAGAACAACAGUCUGAUUUGGACACUUGUUUGAACUAUAAUUCAUCGUCACAUGAAUCAAAAGACGCACUCCAUGAGUUAGAGAUAGCACAAAGAACAAACGAUCGUAGUGUAUCUCAGCUUAGUGUUGUCGGAUCAGAAACAUCAAUAUAAAAUAAAAAGUAUUAUUAUGACUGAGCCCAGUCUAUCUCCAUUUUUUCUGUGUAUAUGUUUAUUUAUGUAUGUUGAGUUUGUGCCUAAUAAUUAAUUGCACUGCACGUAAAAAUGAAAUUUUGUUUUGAUGA